UCUUGGGCAGAAUUCUGCUGCUUGCUAGCUGGAACUCGUAUGGGCUGCUUGUGGGGGGAAGGACCCAGAAAGGAGAUGAAUGUGGGGGAAGAUGAGGGGGAUCAGAUUGCUACAGGGAAACUAUUAUGAGAGACCUUGACCUGUUGUGUCCAAGACAGGUUACUACAAGCAGCUGUGCAGCUGGCCCACCUUUAGAAAUCAGCAGUGAGAUCACUUCUGGGAAUUGAGAUAAUGUACCUGUGUGAUGCAGGGUGGAAGCCAGUGAGUGUGUGAGAUAAGAAAAUAAAAGUUCUGUUCUCAUUACUUCCAGAAUAAAUCCCAGUAUUCAGAUCCACUAGGAGCUGUUUUUUACUCUCAGCUGUGACAUCUCUUUUCAUGAAAAAAAGUAUACUGGUUUUUCAAUAGUACCUAGUGCUGGUACAAGAAUUCUAGCAGUGUUCAGUGGAAAACCUAUCUGUGCUGAAACUGUUACUAGUAAUAUAAAAGAUGUUUGUAUUUUUAGAUAAGUAAAUUUAAGCUACUGACACAGUUUAAUUAAUGCCUUUAAUAGUGGGAUUAGCAAGAAAGUUUUGUGUUGUUCAUAUUUUGGCUCAAAACCAAAAGAAUAAGGUCAAAAAUGUUUUUUGUUUUGUUGAAAGAGGAGUGAAAACAGUGAAUGGGAUAUUCACAAGAUGUAGUUACAAAUCUGAUUUACAUAACAACCAUUUUAAUUAGUGGAGCAAUUCAUUAUAGGAAUACAGUUGUAGUAACUGUGAAGUGUUUUUGUUUCCAUUUGCUCUUAUAUAAAAAAAUGAUAGAUACUCAAAGAGUCUGACUGUAAAAAUAAUUAUUGAUCUCUUCUUCAAAAUUAGGAUGUACAGAAUAGUCUUUUAAAAAAGCAUAAUUUUCAAAACAUCAAAAGAUUUGGAUGAAAAUCUGUAGAACAGCUUGUAAAAUAAAAUACGUACCAGGUUGAGAUUCCUAACAUACAUUGUCUGUGUUGCAGAGGGCAACAGGCUCAUACCCUGAAGACAGGUAAAAAACAUUCUCUGUAUCAUAUCACUAAAUUACUAAAUUGAAAUACAAGCAAAAGAAAAUAUUGUUAUGUAAUUGAUCAUCUUCAUUACAAAGCAAUGAUGUCAUCAGAGUUUACAUACAGAAAGUGUCAUUCUUUAAAGGGAAAAGAAUGAAAUUAUAAAUCAUCAAGUUCCAGGAUUAGUCUUGGAGAAGCUAACUUUCACUAGGAACAAGGACUGGAUCAUACACAAUGUUAUUUGGCCUACCAUUGCUGCUAUUGCCAGUUUUACUCAAAGAAUUUUUUCUAACAUCACAAUGAAGUCAGAGUUUUCUUCAUCCUGUACCUAGUUUCAAUAUUAUCAGGCCUCAUAAAGUGUGAAGUAGAGACAGUAAAGUUCCCUUUUGUCCUUGUGGCUGGUAAGGAUUGAAGAAAGCAGUGCAAGGGCUUGCAUGCCCUUUCUAGAUUCACGAUGACAUUCAAGAAUCCCUCAAAUACCAACAUGAGAUCCCUGUAUGUCCAGUACUGCAGCCCAGUAUUAGAAUUUCCAUGAAAAGCUUGACAGAUAGCAGAGGUAAAGAAGCAGCAGGUGUCUGUGGAAAGAGCAGCAACCUGUUGUUUUGAGCUUAAGUGGGGAGGUUUUGGCAAUUAGGUGGGAGAGGUGGCCUCUGUGAGUGGUAAAUUUUAGAAUGAAAAUGGGGAAGAGAAUUUGAAUAGUUGAAAUGAUACUAAGUGCUGGUAAUAUCAAUGAAUGACGAUUCUUGGAGGUAGGAAUACUGGGAGGAAGAUGGUUUAUAUGUGGUGAGAUACUGUGGCCCAGAAGUCAGCAACAAUGCGUAUACUUGAAGUCAAAUUGUGUUAAAUGUUGAGGACAUCAUGUAAUCAUGUAAGGAAUAGUCUUCAAAGUACUGCUGGGAGAAGUAGCCUUCUCAGAUGAUGACUCUUCUCAAAGUUGCCUCCGAAAUAAGUUGUAGAAUAAUUUUGCUCAGGUUGCAGGAAGAUUUUUUUUGUCCCUAACUUUGUUCAUUUUUUUUUAUUUCCAUCCUCUUUCUUCCAAAGUCUCUUUCUGUCAUUAGCCCCCAUUCUUUCUAUGGUCCCACUUUAGAUCCCUUCUAAAUGCAGAGAAGAGUAAUACUGCCUGAGAAAGGAAAGGGAAACCUUACCUCCUGUUAAUUUACUAAGCUGUCCCAGUGCCAGGGCAGCAGAGGGAGAUUAAAGCAGGGAAGCGCCUGCCAUUUCCAAGCACAGAUUGAACAGGAGGGGUUGGGAGUCUCUGGUUACACUCUCCCUACUCUGUCUUUCCCUCACCAGUAACCUUCUCUCCCAGGGUGCACUGUGGGAUUUUAGCUGAAGCCUUGUGUCUGCUUCACUCCAUGAUUUUGCAGUGGAGAGCAGAAGGGAAGACGUUGCCCUGAACAUCCCUUGCUCCACAAAGGUUGUCUCUGGGGAUAUGACUAGGGAGGCCUCUCCAACAAAAGUAUUGCGAUACCAACAAACUCUGAAUGCUAAGGCCAGACACAGCAGAACUAGUGCAGGAAGGAGAACAUGGUUAUCCUUUUAUGCCACUCACAAUUCUUUAUGGACAAUACACAGACCAGAUAACUGACUUUGCUGAGAAGGAAGCAGCAAAACUACUGAAUACAAAGCAGGCCCAAAAGAACAACGAAAGACCCCUGAAACGUGAGAGUAAAGUAGAGAUAAAAGAAGAGCGCUAUUCCAAAUGCCAAGACUGUGCUAGACGCAUCCAGAAAUAUGUCACCAGGAAACUUGGAGAAGACUGGAUUUUCUUGGUUCUGUUGGGUUUGGUCAUGGCGUUGGUGAGCUGGGGAAUGGAUUAUGCCAGUGCAAAGAGUCUACAGGCCUACAAGUGGAUGUACAGAGAGCUGCACCCGAAUGUUCCUUUGCAGUAUCUGGUGUGGGUAUCAUACCCACUUGUUCUCAUACUGUUUGCAGCCGUCUUCUGCCACCUCGUCUCUCCACAGGCUGUUGGGUCUGGGAUCCCAGAACUCAAGACAAUUAUGAGGGGAGUGGUCCUCAAGGAAUAUCUCACUCUCCAAGCAUUUGUGGCCAAAGUUGUGGGCCUCACAGCAGGGCUUGGAAGUGGCAUGCCUGUAGGGAAAGAGGGCCCUUUUGUGCAUAUUGCCAGUAUCUGUGCAGCAGUGCUCAGCAAGUUUAUGUCAAUUUUCUGUGGUGUAUACGAGCAUGCCUUUUUCUGGCUGCCCUCUCUGUUCCAGAAAGAGCACAGGCAGCUCGACCUCCUGGUGAUGGCUUGCUCAGUUGGAGCUGGAUGUUGCUUCGGGGCUCUUCUUGGAGGGGUCCUUUUCAGCAUUGAAGUCACUUCCACUUACUUUGCUGUGCGUAAUUAUUGGAGAGGUUUCUUUGCAGCUACCUUUAGUGCCUUCAUUUUCCGAGUCCUUGCUGUUUGGAACAAGGAUGCAGUUACCAUCACAGCACUGUUCAGAACUAACUUUCGCAUGGAUUUCCCCUUUGAUCUGCAAGAGCUGCCAGCAUUUGCUGUAAUAGGGAUAUGUUCAGGAUUCCUUGGAGCAUUUUUUGUUUAUCUCAAUCGCCAAGUGGUGCUGUGCGUCCGGCGUCUUACAGCUCUAAGCCAGUUUCUCACCAAGUACUUCCUCAUAUACCCUGGGUUCAUAACCUUCUUUAUAGCAUCCGUGACCUUCCCUCUGGGGUUUGGGCAGUUCAUGGCAGGAGAGUUGAUGCCACGGGAAGCCAUCAGCUCUCUCUUUGAUAACUACACCUGGGCAAAAUACACAGGAGACCCUCAGAUCCUAGGGAAAUCUGCUGCCUGGAUCCACCCCAAAGUCAGUGUCUUCAUCAUCAUCCUGCUUUUCUUUCUCAUGAAGUUCUGGAUGUCUGUCAUCGCUACCACGAUGCCAAUCCCCUGUGGAGGCUUCAUGCCUGUUUUUGUUUUAGGUGCUGCAUUUGGACGUCUUAUUGGAGAAAUCAUGGCAUCUCUCUUUCCAGAUGGGAUCCUCUUUGAUGGUAUUGUUUACAAAAUCUUACCUGGAGGGUAUGCUGUCAUUGGUGCAGCAGCUCUGACAGGAGCAGUGAGCCACACUGUUUCCACUGCGGUGAUCUGCUUUGAGCUGACAGGUCAAAUUGCCCACAUCCUGCCCAUGAUGGUAGCUGUCAUUCUUGCCAACAUGGUGGCCCAGAGUCUGCAACCCAGCCUCUAUGAUAGCAUCAUCCAGGUGAAGAAGUUGCCCUACCUGCCAGAUCUGGGCUGGAAUCAUAUAAGCAAAUACAAUAUCUUUGUUGAAGAUAUUAUGGUCCAAGAUGUGAAAUUUGUCUCCUCCAACUGUAAAUAUCGAGACUUGCAAACUCUACUCCAAAGCACCACUGUUAAGACUUUGCCUUUGGUGGACUCACCAGAGACCAUGAUCCUUCUGGGGUCUGUAGAGAGAUCCGAUCUGCAGGCACUCCUCCAGAGACACAUCAGCCCAGAACGGCGACGGUGCCUCAACAGACAAAUGCAGCAGAAGCUGGCUGAGGCACCUUAUGAUGGACACAGCAAGGGAUCAGGAGCAAUGCUGCCAAAGCUGAAGCAUGAAUCUUUCGUUUAUGUUGAUGAGGAUGAUGAUACAGAUGAGAAGGCAGAGCAGCCUCAGCCACCAAGCCCCUCUCCUAGUCACCCAGAGGAGCCCAAUGGCCCAACAAAUCCUCUUAAACAAACGCCUGAAAUUUUGGAGCCACAGCAAUUCUCAGACAGUUUCCGGAAUUUGAGGCAACUGUUCCAGCAGCUCUUGUGCCCUUACAACCGUCGACCUGAAACACAGAGUGCUGUCCAGGAGCCAGUGGAAGUCAUUGAGACAAUGACACCAGAAGAGAUAGAUGCUUGGGAACAAGAGGAGCUGGAAAAGGAUGUGUGCUUUGAAUGCUGCCGCAUAGACCCUUCCCCUUUCCAACUGGUGGAGAGAACCUCUCUGCACAAGACGCAUACGUUGUUUUCACUACUGGGCCUCAGCCAUGCCUAUGUAACCAGUAUGGGAAAGCUGAAGGGAGUGCUGGCUUUGGAAGAGCUUCAAAAGGCAAUAGAGGGCUCCACACGCUCCGGAGUUCGCCUCCGCCCUCCACUUGCCAGUUUCCGUGACACAAACAGGACUUCAAUCAGCGGUGAAAAGGUCAGCCAGGGUGCUCAGGUGUGGAGCCAGCAGGACAGCGGCGUGGUGGCAGCGCAGCAAGCAGCAGACUUGGGGACAAAAAGCACACUGCCUCUGCACUCACACUCUCCACAGCCCUCUCACUUACACGAUGAAGGGGAAGGCCUGUGCUCCAAUUAUGCCACCGAUACCGAGUUGGAAGAGAUGGAGCUGACAGGACCAGUUAAUGAAAACAUCUCAGACAUCUUGAAGGACAUCAGCCUACACACCACUGACCUGGAUGAAGAUGAGGAUGAAGAUGUCCCGUUAUAGGUGGUGUGAGGGCAUAGACCAUCGUGUUGAGCCAGUCUUGCGUAUGCUCCUCACAGCUUUUGGAUGCUCUUUGCAAACCCCAUAGAGAAUUGAUUCAGUUGGGGGAAGGAACAUAGGACUUAACCUUUUUUUCUUCUGCUUUAUAUACAAAUAUCAGUUGGGUUAUUGAGCUGUGUACAGGAGUCAGAUGUAGUCUGCAAGGUGACUGAGGGCAGGCUCAUAAUGUUAAAGGCCUCUGCUUUCACUUGUGGUGAGCAAGUGUCUACAUAACAUGUCAGAAAGGAUCAUAAGAGGGCAUGAAUAUUACUGGACAUAAUCAGGAUGCCCUCGGUCAAUCCUCCAUAUAGAAAGUGGAGGGGUUGCAAAUCUUCUCCACUGGUGUCAUCCUUAUAGUCACACCUGACAUGCAGGCACCAGUGCAAACCUGACCUCCAGCCAAGAAGUGUACUGCUGCUUCUGUCUGCAGUCCUGUCUGUGUUGCUCCUUUUGGCUAGCUCUUAACUUGCACCCCCCAAAACAUUCCCAUCUAGAACAUUUUUCCUCUUUCUUAAUUUUUACUCUGGGAUCUUCCUGGGUGGAAUUGCAGUUAGAUGUUUCUCCACUGACCUUUAGCAGAGCCAUACCCUAAAAUCAGGUGAAAGGAAGGAAAAUACUUGGUCUACAUUUCAUGUCUUGAAUUCAGCCAGGGCUCAAAGAGAAGCACUGAAAGUGAGGAAAGCCUCUGUCCUCCCAUCUCUAGAAUUUUUAAACAGAAUGUGAAAACCCUAAAUGGGGGCAUCCUCUGUUGGAGGGAGAGGAGUAAAACACCAUGUACGCGCCUGAACAACUGUCAACUGUGUCUCUCAAAACCACUGUUGGAAUUUUUACAAAGUUAUAGUCUUAAAAUACAAGAACUUAAAAUUAAAAAAAAAAAAAAAUUAAAAAAAUGGAGUACCAAGAAAUACAGGAGAGGGAAUCAUUUUCUAUGCUUUGGAAACAGGUUCAUCAAUAAAACUCCUGCUAUUUUUCCUGAUAA